AUGGAGAUCUUUAUCACCAACAUCUUUCUGCGCAUUCUCGACAGCGACAACUCGACGUUUGAGCAUAAAAUGCUCGUGCUGGAAGUGCUCAACCACAUUUGCGACGAUCAGCUGAUUUUGAGUGAGAUUUUCUUGAAUUUCGACUGCGACUGGGACUCGAUGGACCUGUUCAAGCGUAUCGUGAACGCAUUGGCCAAAAUCGCCAAGUCCAAACAACGAGAUCUCCAAUACCACUCGAGUGCCCCCGUGGCCCGCCAGCUGAAAAUGCAGCAAAACGAAGCCGCGCUCGUUCUCAAAGGACUGGAGUGUUUGACGUCGACGGUCCAUUCAUUGAAAAAAGCGGCCAACUUUGUGUCCAUCACCGAUCAAGGCAAACCGACGCCAAGUGACAACGAUUCCGAUACGGAGGAAGACGCCGAAUGCGGGCCACGGCUGCCGUCGUCCGCGUCGUUGGUGGUGGGGAUGUUUGACAAGAAGAAGAAGCGCCAGGAUCUCAUCAGUACCGGUAUUGUGAAAUUCAACGUAAAAGCCACCGACGGGAUUAAAUUUUGCACGGCCAACAAACUGAUCGAGAACAAUCCGCGCAGCGUCGCCGAGUAUUUGCACGAGUACAACUCCAAACUCGACAAGUUCCAAAUUGGCGAGUAUUUGGGCCGGGAAACGGCCUACCAAGGCGGGUUUUGUGUAAAAGUUCUGCAUGACUUUGUCGACAUGAUGGACUUUCACGGGUUGGAAGUCGACGAAGCGAUUCGAAGUUAUUUGUCGUACUUUCGACUGCCCGGGGAAGCCCAAAAGAUUGACCGCAUGAUGGAGAAGUUUGCCGAACGGUAUCACUGGAACAACCCGGGCGUGUUUCCGUCGGCGGAUGUUGCGUUUAUCUUGUCGUUCUCGGUGAUCAUGUUGCAAACGGAUCUGCACAAUCCGUCGAUACCUGAAGACAAGAAGAUGUCCAAGGAAGGGUUCAUUCGCAACAACCGCGGGAUCAACAACGGCGACGACUUGGCCGCUGACUACUUAGGCGGGAUCUACGACCGCAUCAAGAGCACCCCAAUCUCCCUCAAAGAAGAACAAUCGAUGAAACAUAAGCGCGAGAACUCGACGAUUUCUGUCGCCGUAUUGGACAAGCAGCGAAAGGAUGCAUUCAGUCGCGAACGCCAAGCCAUGGUCAAGGCGUCGGAAGCGUACUUUAAGCGCAAAUCGCCAUCAUCAAAUGCUAAUGCCGAGACCAAAUCGUCGCCGCCGCCUUCGUCAUAUGUCGUAUCUUCCACCGAGAAUGUGUACGUGAAGCCUAUGUUUGAGAUCGUGUGGGCGCCGCUGCUGGCCGUCUGCAGCGUCCUCUUUGAAACGUCCGACCACCCCGUGGCCAUCCAGUAUUGCCUCGACGGGUUCAAGCACGCGAUUCAUUUGUCCGCAAGACUCCAAAUGCAGUCAGAACGAGACGCGUACGUGUCUGUACUAGCCAACUUCACCGCCGUCCAGCAUUCGGCCACGCGCUCAAUUGGCACCAAACAGAUCGAAGCGAUCAAGACGCUGAUUGCUAUAGCUGUGAAAGAAGGCAACUUUCUAGGCGACGCCUGGCGCGAUGUCCUACAGUGUAUUUCGCACUUGGCUCGACUCCAGCUGCAUGCCCAAGGCCUGCAAGCCGACACGCAAUUCUUCGUCUCCCCCCCGUCCAACGGCCUCCCCGGCAGCACCAGCACCAGCGCGUCCAAACGACUGACCUCGUUCGGUCAUGCUUAUAGCUUCAUCAGCAAUCCGUUCACGCUGCCACACCCGACGCAGUCUCCAAAAUUCAAACCCCUGACCGUGUCGGAAGACCAGCUCAUGGCGAUGGAAGCUCAAAAUGCGCAGCGUAUCGCCGACCAAAUCGACGGCCUCGCUAGUGACCGUGUAUUUAGCAACUCGCCGUUUCUAACAGAUACAUCAGUGCAAGAGUUUGUGCAGCAGCUGUGCAUUGUGUCCCUCACAGAGUGUCAGGGAUUGACGGGCUCGGGCAUGACGGUGCGGACGGCAGCGGCGUUGCCGCGGGUGUUUUCGCUGCAAAAGCUGGUCGAAGUCGCCGAUAUGAACAUGCACGUGCGGUCCCGUGUGGUGUGGGCUAGCAUGUGGAGUGUAUUGAGCCGACACUUUACGACGAUCGGGUGCCACGACAAUUUGGGCAUUGCCAUGUACGCGAUCGAUUCGCUCAAGCAGCUGAGCAUGAAGUUUCUCGAAAAGGACGAACUUCGCGAUUUUAAUUUCCAGCGGCUCUUCCUUACGCCAUUUGAAAUUAUCAUGGCCAACGCCGUGGCCACCGAGAUUCGCGAAUUGGUACUCAGCUGCGUGCACAACAUGCUGCGGAGUCGCGUGGGAAAUAUUAAAUCUGGCUGGAAAACCAUUUGGGGUGUUUUGAGAGUCGCCGCGGAAACAUUCGACGCCGCCGCCCACGACGCCCGCGUGGUGCUUAUGGGGUUUAUGCUGGCCAAAACGAUCGUCCACAGCCACUUUGAUCGGGUGGUGGCUGUGUUUGUGGACGUGGUCGAGUGCAUCUUGGCGUUUGCAUUGUGUGGGUCCCUUCCAUCUUUGUCAUCUGGCGAGCUGCUGCAAAUGAGUCUGGACGCCAUAUCCGUCUUGGGCUUAUGUUUACGACAUGUGGCCUCUGGUCGUGUGAUGGAACAGCUGGACCAAGCCAAUAUUGCCAUCUCCCCACGGCAUCGCCUCGGAAGUGCCACCGACCAAGGAUAUCAACCAACAGCUAGCGUUCCUCCAUUUGGCAACAACUAUUAUGCGCAUACUUGGUGGCCUGUGUUGAAGGCACUCGUGACGCUGGCCAGCGAUCCACACCCUGGUAUUCGGAAUGCCGCCGUGGACACGUUAUACGGCACUUUGCACUUGGACGGGGCUGCCAUCGAUGCAAAUUUGUGGCUUCUGAUCUUUCGAGAGCUGCUCGUACCUCUUAUGGAGAGUAUUCGCCUCGUCGAACUCAACAAAACCACAGCGUUCAGUCGGAUAUCGUCUAAAAAAGCACUGCUGGCCCUUGUCAACUUGUACGGAUCGUUCUACCCGUCCAUUGGACACGUCGACGACAUUCUCGAAUUACUCAAGCGAUGGCUUGUGCGCGAGUCCGAAGACGAACUGGCGGUGGCGGCCGCCUCCUCUUAUGAGACGCUGCUCAUCGAGCAUGGCCACCAGUUCCCACCGCCGAUAUGGGAGCUCGUGACGGCAGAGUUGAUUGCGAUUCAGGAUCAUUUAUUGCCACAUUGGCUCCUGGCGCCGACGCCCGACCCCGCGACAUGCGCCAUGUACCCAACCGUGUCGCAGAUGUUUUUUCCAACUGCGCCGGUCGAUUUGGAGCUGCCGUCGCUUACUCACAUGCUCGUGCUGCUCGAAGUCCAGCGGAUAUGCGGCAACGUCCUCGUCCAAGUGCACACGAGUCUACCCCGUGCUUGCUUUGACUCGAUUUUGACGUGCCUUCGAGAGAGCAUAGCAUUUGCAAGGCAAUUGAACGACAAUUACAAUGUGCGGCUCGCCUUAUUGAAUCGAAACUGGCGGUACGGGUGCCAAAGCGCCCAGGAACUGCCGCAUAUGGUCGCACAUGAAAUCACGGGCACGCGCGAGUACUUUAAAGCUGUGUGCUACCACUUGCCUCGCUUUCGGGUUGAAUUUAAAGCGAUCGUUGAAUCCAGCUUGAACGAGUAUUUGCUGUGGAGCAAUGAAAAAGGCGACGCCAGGUCGCAAAGUAUGGAUCUGCGACAACGUUCGUACGGAUAUGUGCCGCUCGUGGUGGACAUUCUGGACCAACUGGUGCUCUUAUCACGCGCCGAGAUGGGUAUGCACUUGGCGUGGCUGUAUCCGCUGCUCACGGAGCUGAUUCAAACCAACAGCAUCGAAGUCCGGCGGGCGUUGUAUCGCGUGUUUGGGUCGACCAUUCAGUCGCUCUUGCCGCUAGGUGAGGCUUAAUAUUAGCCAGAAAAUAGGAGCGACAGACACCCGCUUUCAAAUGUCAUUGCAUGGUCGAAUAGACAUUUAGCAAAACAAUAAUACUAUCGCUAAGAAACCCCAAAAGCAAGU